GGGCACAGCCCGGGGUCCAGGACGGUCACGGCCGCCACGCCACGGCCCGCGGGGACCCCCGGCCCGGAGCCUCAGGGAACAUGUCAUCCCUGUUCUCGAAGGACACCAAGAGCUUGGUCAGAGAGCUGGGCAGGAAAGGCGAGCUGGUGCCCGUGGACAGCCUGGCCAGCGCCCUGCGCCUGCGCCCCUUCUGCCUGGUGAGGAAGAAGCACAGACGCCACUCUUGGCCUUGGGACACCCCCCUCAUCCCCACGGACUUCUCCCUCAUGGAUGCGCUGGAGCCCGGCUCCCCCAUCCCAGAGGUGAGCCGCAGCGAACCCAUCCGCCUCUGGGAGACAAUGGCAGGAGCCGUGACGGGGGGCGUGAGCGUGGGCGCCGGGCUGCAGGAGAACGUGACGGGAAGCUGCGUGGCGACCUGCAGCUCUGCCCUGGCCGUGCAGACCCUCAGGGUACCCCCCCACACCUGGGAGACCCUGGUGGAGAAGAGGAAACUGAGGACUCCCAGGCCCUCGUUCCUCAGAGAGCUGCAGAGCCGGAAGGAGAAGGAGAGACUGUACGUGGUGACGGAGGCCGUGGAGGCCGCGCAGGACGCCACGCUUCAGAGCCACAGCCGAGCAGAGGGAACAGGGCAGCUGUCCCUCCUCCAGCCUGGCCAUUUCAAGCUCCAGGGUCAGAGCACCGUGGCCAGAGAGAAGACGCUGGCCAUCCCACAGGGCACUGUCUUGGCCUGCAGGGUGCUGCAGCUGGUGAUGGAGGAGGAUCGCUGGGCUGCCCUGCACCUGCCUGAAGGAAAGCUCUGUAGAGACACCGGCGGAGGUGAGUAACCCCUGCUGGAGCCCAAGAACCCAGCCAGAAAUCACUCCUUCCCCAGAGAAUGCCCUGAUACCACUGUUGGGGGCUCUUCCCUCCCCAUGUGGUCACCCUACGUCACUUGGGGGCAAGGAGGGCCAUGUGCUCUCUCCCCAGUGGGAUGGAGAUGAGCUGGAAGAACCAGGCCCAGGCUGUGGGGAGAAGGAUGGUGAGUGUGCAAUUGCACACGAGCUCCCUCCCCACUCACACAGUGGGGAGGUUGGGACUUUUCUUACCAGGUCAGAAAGGUCAGUGAGGAUGUCUGGACAGCAUUUGGUACCUGGAAGCUCCUCAAGAGGCAGCUUGUAUUG